UCCUCUCCUCUCCUCCUCUCCUCCCCUCUCCUCUCCUCCUCUCCUCUCCUCCCCUCUCCUCUCCUCUCCUCUCCUCUCCUCUCCCUGUCAUGUCUGUAUCCAUGAGGGACCCACCUCAGCGCCGGCGCUCUCUGGGUCCUGUCUCGCCCAAACGCAUCUACAGAAACCUGUCCGUCAGAAUGAGGGGUGGAGAGUCAUCUGUUGCCACGGAGAUCACUCCCAAACACCUCAGCAAGUCUGCAGAAGUUUACAAGAACCUGUGGGAGGCAGUGGAGAAUGAGGACACUUUGGCUGUGCAAAGCCUGCUGUCCAGAGACCACACCGUGUGUGGAGGAGGAGAAGGAGGAGGAAGCAUAUGGGAGAGAGGAGAGAAGAAAGAGAAGGACUGGGAGAGAGAGAAGGAUAAAGGGGUGAACAGGGUGAGCGAACAGGGCCUAGUCCCCCUGGACGUGGCUGCCCUUACCCACAAUUCCCCUCUGCUCAAUGUAUUGGCAAAGGCAGGAGCCAGACAUAACCCUGUGUUGUGCAGCCCAGCGGAGUGGGCGCUGAAGCUGGAUGCUCUGGUGGCACUGGCGGGUAAACAGGUGGAGGAGAGGAAGCAGGAGUUGUUGAGGAAGGCAGAGGCAGGGCCUCAGGCAAAGGCUGGUAUCCAGGGACACAUCAGCUUCUGGAGCCUCAGGCUGCAACUGUACUGCCGGAUGAGGCAGAACUUCCAUAAAACAGAGCCCCCUGGGCCUCCCAGUCAUGUGUCCAUACUGGUGACCGGCACAUCCUCUCUGUUUGUGGAGAUCCAAGAGCCAAAAGGCGACACCGUGGGGCUCAUCACCUGCUACAAAGUGGAAUGGAGCACCUCAGCCAGCUUCAAACACAUCCUUGGCUCAACCCAAGUUACAGAAACCAAGAACCCAUCCCAUAGUAUCAAGGGACUCGCAGCAGGAGUGCAUUACUUUGUAAGAGUGAGUGCCUACAAUGUGAAAGGAUGGGGCCCACCUCAGUGCUCUACUCCAGUCAGCGCUGCCCCCUCCAGUUGGAGAGAGUGCAUGGGUGUGAAGUCCCAGUUCAGAAAUCACGAGGGCCUUGUGAGGAAGCUGCUGGAAGAUGCCAGAGAAUCACAUUACAGAGGAUACUGCACAGAGAGCUCUAAGCCCCAUAGUCCCAGCAAGCGUCUCUUUGUGUCUCGAGGCAUCAAACAACUGUUCCAGUCCGCCACCAAGUUUGUUCGUCUCCUACAGAGGGGCGUGUACUUGGCUACUGUGUUCUACCACAAGGAAAACAUCCUGGUGACAGCUGAUGAUCAAAUCCCACUGGUGGAGAUCCAUUGCUGCUCCACCUCCAUCAUCCACGACUUUCUUUGGUUUGCCAAGUUGUCCUAUGCAUGGCAACAAGUGCCCUGGCUCCAGCAGGCCCUUUCCUCUGCUCACUCAUCCUCCUCCUCCCUCCUUCAGAACAGGCACAACAUUUUAAGAGCUGUUUCCCAGCUGCAGUCUUCUCUGGGAACAAUGGAACUGGGCCAAGUGUACUACGAACCUCUGAAAGACCGGCAGGGCAAUGUCAUACUAGUGACUCUGAAGGAAUUCCCAAAUCCUCCCUGCCCUCCUGACCCUUCACUCCACUGGAUGCCCCUGGUCCGCCUGGAACAGAACCGCAGCAGAAUUCCUCUGCUGCCUGAGCCCACUUCCAUGGACAUGCUCUAUGAGCAGCUCAAGGAGAAGCUAUCCCUCCACGGGCGCAGCAAUCAGGUGGCUCAGCCCGGUCUGUACGUUGGCAUCCUAAAACUGUGCAGCUCAGUGGAGCAGAUCAGAGUCCUGGUGCCCCAAAGGCUGCCCAAUCUACUCUGCCACACACGGGUCCGACACAAUGCCCACGUUUCCAGAGAGGAGUGGGCGUGGCUUCAGAGUCAUGUUUACACCACAGCCAAUGGCAGCGGUCUGAACCUGUUGAGUGAAGUGGACGAGGGAGCGAUGGAGAGCAGCAGGCUGGUGGAGUUUGUCAGGUCUCUGAGAGCAGCAGUCACACAUCUCCUGACAAAGCUCAACAUCCCCCUCUACAGGGCGUAUCAAUAUGGUGUGUACACCCGGGAGCUGCUGCAGUUUGGAGACAAGAUUUCCAUGGUGCUGCUGCUGCCUCCCAGUGAGGACUUCAGCUCCAGCUACUGGCCUCUGGUGGGGACCAAAGAGUCUGGGCUCACCAUGCCCCUGCAGAUCUUUGAGCUGGUUCACUUCUGGUCAUAUGAACGGGACUUCUUGUCCCAGUACUGCAAGGCCUGGGUGAGGCUGGAGCUGGACACUCAUCUGGCUCAGCAGGCUCUGCGGGAGGCGCUGGACACCAAGGAGGUGCAGGAAGCCCGAGAGCGCCUGACCCACGUCACCGAGCUUUCCCAACGUCUCGAUGUGGUGUGGAGGGAUGCCCGCUGGAUCAUGGACUGUCUGCAGUGCGUUCGGUCCAAGCAGUGGGUGGGGGCGGUGCCUCUAGGCCUGGUGAUGGGAGGAGACCCGCCGCCACGUCCAGAAGGCGAGGAAGAGAGGGAGAGUUUGACUGCCAGACUGACGUGGCCCCAUCAGAUACAAACACAGAGAGCCAUUGCAGAGUGUUCCGUCAGUGUGACCCCCCAAAAUGCCCCCUCUGCUGAGAUUUCCGCUCCAUCGGGAGUCAUGGACGUCCCUGAAGAGGCCACACUGUUAAUGGAGGGUGUAGUGAAGGGAGGAUACCCUGUAGACAUUCCCACUCAGUCAUCUGUAGACCUGACAAGCAUUGGCCAGUCAGAAUUAGAUCACAGAUCUGGACUAGGGCCCUGUGCUGCUGCACAGUUUGAGGCGGGCUACACAGUUUUGGACAUUGUUGAGGAACAGAACUUUCCUACUAGCAUCAGUGAUGUUAUCCGGCCGAUGGAGAUGGCAGAGUUGGCGGACAUCUUGCCCACGCUGAGUCUCAUUGAGGAGGAGACGCUCAGUGGCCCGUCCUCACCAUCAGUCAUGGAUAUGCUAGAGAGCUUCGGACUGAGGAUCAGCGAAAACAAAACCUUCUUUGACUUGGAGGAUUCAGACUUGAUCAACGGAGCCAAGUGUCUGUCAAUGCCCGACCUGGACUGUAAGAGCACUGGUAGUGUGAUAGAGACUCACUUUAAGAAUUCGGGCAUGUUGCCCUUCCAUACCAGGGUGAACGCCACAGGUGGCGACAUGUCGGUUACGAGCUGGCAUUGUCCUCCAGAAGAUACAAAGGCUCAGCAGGUUCCCAGCAAGGGAGCAUGCUUUAGAUUAAGAAACCAGGUGGAGCGGGACAGACCUGCUGACAGUUCUUCCUGAUAUUGACUCAAGCACUAGCCUACUUUGUAUCACUUUAAAACCAAAUCAGUAGGCUGCAGCAUAGUUGAUUUAGCUGGACAUUUUUCCUUUGUCGAUCAUUGUCCAACAUUUAAUAUGAAUGAAAGAAAAAUUCAACACAUGAUUUAUGUGGUUUGCACAUUUCUGGGCCUUUACUUCAUAUUUUCUAAUAUCCAGUUCACUAGAGCUUAUUGUGUGGAAAAACUAAACUAUAGUCAUAGUUGUUAUGACUAGAAGCUCCAUCACUCACUACAGGACAAAGCAACAUUGCUGCUUGAUGGAAGUAAUAAACAAACUCAUUAAAAGCCUCCAGUUCA